AUGGCUCUCACGCCCCUCCUCCACUCCCUGGGGCGAUCAGCAGCCCUCUUAUCCACCCACUACCCCCUCUCUGUCUCCACGUGCCCUCUCUGCCUCCACAUGCCCUCUCUGUCUCCACGUGCCCUCUCUGUCUCCACGUGCCCUCUCUGCCUCCAUGUGCCCUCUCUGCCUCCACAUGCCCUCUCUGUCUCCACGUGCCCUCUCUGUCUCCACGUGCCCUCUCUGCCUCCACGUGCCCUCUCUGUCUCCACGUGCCCUCUCUGCCUCCACGUGCCCCUCUCUGCCUCCACGUGCCCUCUCUGCCUCCACGUGCCCCUCUCUGCCUCCACGUGCCCUCUCUGUCUCCACGUGCCCUCUCUGCCUCCACGUGCCCUCUCUGUCUCCACGUGCCCUCUCUGUCUCCACGUGUCCUCUCUGUCUCCACGUGCCCUCUCUGCCUCCACGUGCCCUCUCUGCCUCCACGUGCCCUCUCUGCCUGCACGUGCCCUCUCUGUCUCCACGUGCCCCUCUCUGUCUCCACGUGCCCUCUCUGUCUCCACGUGCCCUCUCUGCCUCCACGUGCCCUCUCUGUCUCCACGUGCCCUCUCUGCCUCCACGUGCCCUCUCUGUCUCCACGUGCCCCUCUCUGCCUCCACGUGCCCUCUCUGUCUCCACGUGCCCUCUCUGUCUCCACGUGCCCUCUCUGUCUCCACGUGCCCUCUCUGCCUCCACGUGCCCUCUCUGCCUCCACGUGCCCUCUCUGUCUCCACGUGCCCUCUCUGCCUCCACAUGCCCUCUCUGCCUCCACAUGCCCUCUCUGUCUCCACGUGCCCUCUCUGUCUCCACGUGCCCUCUCUGCCUCCACGUGCCCUCUCUGUCUCCACGUGCCCUCUCUGCCUCCACGUGCCCCUCUCUGCCUCCACGUGCCCUCUCUGCCUCCACGUGCCCUCUCUGCCUCCACGUGCCCCUCUCUGCCUCCACGUGCCCUCUCUGCCUCCACGUGCCCCUCUCUGCCUCCACGUGCCCUCUCUGUCUCCACGUGCCCUCUCUGCCUCCACGUGCCCUCUCUGUCUCCACGUGCCCUCUCUGUCUCCACGUGUCCUCUCUGUCUCCACGUGCCCUCUCUGCCUCCACGUGCCCUCUCUGCCUCCACGUGCCCUCUCUGCCUGCACGUGCCCUCUCUGUCUCCACGUGCCCCUCUCUGCCUCCACGUGCCCUCUCUGUCUCCACGUGCCCUCUCUGUCUCCACGUGCCCUCUCUGCCUCCAUGUGCCCUCUCUGCCUCCACAUGCCCUCUCUGUCUCCACGUGCCCUCUCUGUCUCCACGUGCCCUCUCUGCCUCCACGUGCCCUCUCUGCCUCCACGUGCCCCUCUCUGCCUCCACGUGCCCUCUCUGCCUCCACGUGCCCCUCUCUGCCUCCACGUGCCCUCUCUGUCUCCACGUGCCCUCUCUGCCUCCACGUGCCCUCUCUGUCUCCACGUGCCCUCUCUGUCUCCACGUGUCCUCUCUGUCUCCACGUGCCCUCUCUGUCUCCACGUGCCCUCUCUGCCUCCACGUGCCCUCUCUGCCUGCACGUGCCCUCUCUGUCUCCACGUGCCCCUCUCUGUCUCCACGUGCCCUCUCUGUCUCCACGUGCCCUCUCUGCCUCCACGUGCCCUCUCUGUCUCCACGUGCCCUCUCUGCCUCCACGUGCCCUCUCUGUCUCCACGUGCCCCUCUCUGCCUCCACGUGCCCUCUCUGUCUCCACGUGCCCUCUCUGUCUCCACGUGCCCUCUCUGUCUCCACGUGCCCUCUCUGCCUCCACGUGCCCUCUCUGCCUCCACGUGCCCUCUCUGUCUCCACGUGCCCUCUCUGCCUCCACAUGCCCUCUCUGCCUCCACAUGCCCUCUCUGUCUCCACGUGCCCUCUCUGUCUCCACGUGCCCUCUCUGCCUCCACGUGCCCUCUCUGCCUCCACGUGCCCUCUCUGCCUCCACGUGCCCCUCUCUGCCUCCACGUGCCCUCUCUGCCUCCACGUGCCCUCUCUGCCUCCACGUGCCCCUCUCUGCCUCCACGUGCCCUCUCUGCCUCCACGUGCCCCUCUCUGCCUCCACGUGCCCUCUCUGUCUCCACGUGCCCUCUCUGCCUCCACGUGCCCUCUCUGUCUCCACGUGCCCUCUCUGUCUCCACGUGUCCUCUCUGUCUCCACGUGCCCUCUCUGCCUCCACGUGCCCUCUCUGCCUCCACGUGCCCUCUCUGCCUGCACGUGCCCUCUCUGUCUCCACGUGCCCCUCUCUGCCUCCACGUGCCCUCUCUGUCUCCACGUGCCCUCUCUGUCUCCACGUGCCCUCUCUGCCUCCAUGUGCCCUCUCUGCCUCCACAUGCCCUCUCUGUCUCCACGUGCCCUCUCUGUCUCCACGUGCCCUCUCUGCCUCCACGUGCCCUCUCUGUCUCCACGUGCCCUCUCUGCCUCCACGUGCCCCUCUCUGCCUCCACGUGCCCUCUCUGCCUCCACGUGCCCCUCUCUGCCUCCACGUGCCCUCUCUGUCUCCACGUGCCCUCUCUGCCUCCACGUGCCCUCUCUGUCUCCACGUGCCCUCUCUGUCUCCACGUGUCCUCUCUGUCUCCACGUGCCCUCUCUGUCUCCACGUGCCCUCUCUGCCUCCACGUGCCCUCUCUGCCUGCACGUGCCCUCUCUGUCUCCACGUGCCCCUCUCUGUCUCCACGUGCCCUCUCUGUCUCCACGUGCCCUCUCUGCCUCCACGUGCCCUCUCUGUCUCCACGUGCCCUCUCUGCCUCCACGUGCCCUCUCUGUCUCCACGUGCCCCUCUCUGCCUCCACGUGCCCUCUCUGUCUCCACGUGCCCUCUCUGUCUCCACGUGCCCUCUCUGUCUCCACGUGCCCUCUCUGCCUCCACGUGCCCUCUCUGCCUCCACGUGCCCUCUCUGUCUCCACGUGCCCUCUCUGCCUCCACAUGCCCUCUCUGCCUCCACAUGCCCUCUCUGUCUCCACGUGCCCUCUCUGUCUCCACGUGCCCUCUCUGCCUCCACGUGCCCUCUCUGUCUCCACGUGCCCUCUCUGCCUCCACGUGCCCCUCUCUGCCUCCACGUGCCCUCUCUGCCUCCACGUGCCCUCUCUGCCUCCACGUGCCCCUCUCUGCCUCCACGUGCCCUCUCUGCCUCCACGUGCCCCUCUCUGCCUCCACGUGCCCUCUCUGUCUCCACGUGCCCUCUCUGCCUCCACGUGCCCUCUCUGUCUCCACGUGCCCUCUCUGUCUCCACGUGUCCUCUCUGUCUCCACGUGCCCUCUCUGCCUCCACGUGCCCUCUCUGUCUCCACGUGCCCUCUCUGCCUGCACGUGCCCUCUCUGUCUCCACGUGCCCCUCUCUGCCUCCACGUGCCCUCUCUGUCUCCACGUGCCCUCUCUGUCUCCACGUGCCCUCUCUGCCUCCAUGUGCCCUCUCUGCCUCCACAUGCCCUCUCUGUCUCCACGUGCCCUCUCUGUCUCCACGUGCCCUCUCUGCCUCCACGUGCCCUCUCUGUCUCCACGUGCCCUCUCUGCCUCCACGUGCCCCUCUCUGCCUCCACGUGCCCUCUCUGCCUCCACGUGCCCCUCUCUGCCUCCACGUGCCCUCUCUGUCUCCACGUGCCCUCUCUGCCUCCACGUGCCCUCUCUGUCUCCACGUGCCCUCUCUGUCUCCACGUGUCCUCUCUGUCUCCACGUGCCCUCUCUGUCUCCACGUGCCCUCUCUGCCUCCACGUGCCCUCUCUGCCUGCACGUGCCCUCUCUGUCUCCACGUGCCCCUCUCUGUCUCCACGUGCCCUCUCUGUCUCCACGUGCCCUCUCUGCCUCCACGUGCCCUCUCUGUCUCCACGUGCCCUCUCUGCCUCCACGUGCCCUCUCUGUCUCCACGUGCCCCUCUCUGCCUCCACGUGCCCUCUCUGUCUCCACGUGCCCUCUCUGUCUCCACGUGCCCUCUCUGUCUCCACGUGCCCUCUCUGCCUCCACGUGCCCUCUCUGCCUCCACGUGCCCUCUCUGUCUCCACGUGCCCUCUCUGCCUCCACAUGCCCUCUCUGCCUCCACAUGCCCUCUCUGUCUCCACGUGCCCUCUCUGUCUCCACGUGCCCUCUCUGCCUCCACGUGCCCUCUCUGUCUCCACGUGCCCUCUCUGCCUCCACGUGCCCCUCUCUGCCUCCACGUGCCCUCUCUGCCUCCACGUGCCCUCUCUGCCUCCACGUGCCCCUCUCUGCCUCCACGUGCCCUCUCUGCCUCCACGUGCCCCUCUCUGCCUCCACGUGCCCUCUCUGUCUCCACGUGCCCUCUCUGCCUCCACGUGCCCUCUCUGUCUCCACGUGCCCUCUCUGUCUCCACGUGUCCUCUCUGUCUCCACGUGCCCUCUCUGCCUCCACGUGCCCUCUCUGCCUCCACGUGCCCUCUCUGCCUGCACGUGCCCUCUCUGUCUCCACGUGCCCCUCUCUGUCUCCACGUGCCCUCUCUGUCUCCACGUGCCCUCUCUGCCUCCACGUGCCCUCUCUGUCUCCACGUGCCCUCUCUGCCUCCACGUGCCCUCUCUGUCUCCACGUGCCCCUCUCUGCCUCCACGUGCCCUCUCUGUCUCCACGUGCCCUCUCUGUCUCCACGUGCCCUCUCUGUCUCCACGUGCCCUCUCUGCCUCCACGUGCCCUCUCUGCCUCCACGUGCCCUCUCUGUCUCCACGUGCCCUCUCUGUGCCCACCCCUUGCUGCCAGACUCGGUGUGCUUCCAGACGAACGAGCUGAACCGGCUGCUCAUCAUUGUGGUGGUGCUCUCCAUGGCUCUGACGCCCCUCCUCCACUCCCUGGGGCGAUCAGCAGUCUCUCACUUGCCCACUAUCCCCUCUCUGCCUUACCCCUUCAACCCAACCAGACUUGGUGUGCUUCCAGACGAGCUGAACCGGCUGCUGAUCAUUGUGGUGGUGCUCUCCAUGGCUCUCACUCCUCUCCUCGACUCCCUGGGGCGAUCAGCAGCAGAGGCGCUAGAGAAGCGCGAGAGGGAGAGGAGGAAGGCACUAGGGGAGGAUGAGGAGGAGGACGGGGAGGAGGGGUUGGAUGUGGUGGGAGGCGGUAAGAGGAAGGGGCGGAAGAAAGGCGGCGGAGGAGGAGGACAUGGGGGUCACUAUGGGGGGGUCGAGCCCAUUGUUAUUCUUGGCUUCAACCACAUGGGGCAGGUGCUGGCCAACAUGCUAUCCACGCCGCUAGCCACCAUCUCAGGGGGGUCGGGGGGAGAUGCCCCUGGGUGGCCCUUUGUGUGCUUCGACCUGAAUCCUAAUCGCGUCCGGAUGGGAAAGCGUCUCGGCUUCCCAGUCCUCUACGGUGACGGGUGCCGCCCGGCAGUGCUCGAGUCGGCCGGCAUUCCGCGUCCGCUAAUGGCCAUUGUGGUGUACUCGGGGCGGCAGCAGUCGGUGUCUUCUGUGGAAAGUUUACACAAUGCCUUCCCAGGGCUGCCCAUAUACGCCCGAGCAGUGGACGCGAGUCACCUGGCGGAGCUCCGAAAGGCGGGUGCCACAGACGUGGUUCUGGAGAGCGCAGAGGCCGGCCUUCGACUGGGCUCCAUGCUACUCCAAGACAUGGGAGUGAUGCGAGAUGAUGUGGUGUUUCUGAGGCGACUCAUGCGAGAGGCUCUUGACACGGAGGCUGUCAACCGCCGCACGGGCCAGCGCUUGCUCAAGGACAGAUCUGAUCUGGGCGGCAGCUGGCCGGCCAAGGAGGAGAAUCUGGGCGGCAAGCGGGCGGCAAAGGAGGAUUUGGGCGGCAGCGGGGUGGGGAAGGAGGGAGAGGGUGGUAGAGGAGAGGAGAGUGACAGGGAAGGUGAUUCGAGUGGGGAUGAGAAGGGGGAGGAGGGGGGAGGUAAGGUGAGGGGUGUAGAGGAUGGGGAGAAGGUGGAGGGGAAGAUUGAGGAGGGGAGAAAGAGUGGUGAUGGUGGGUUGGCUGCGGUGAAAAAGGCUGGGAGUGAUGGGCUGAUUACGCGGGCUCAAGCGAUAGAUGUAGCGGUGGGAUUUGUGAGUAAGGGGGAUGAUAAGAAUGGGGAGGCUGGUGGUAAUGGUAAUAAUGGUGAUGAUGAUGGUGAUGAUGGUGGUGAUACUGGUGCUGCUACACCCGCAGAAGGAGGAAGUGAUGCGUUGAUUACAAGAGCCCAAGCGCUCAAUGCAGCGGCGGCAUUUGUCAUUAGUGAUGAGGACAAUAGGGACACUGGUAACAUUGGUGAUGAUGGUGAUGACACAAAUGGUGAUGGUGCGCUGGAGGUGAAGGGGGAGCAACUAGGGGAGGGUACAACCAGUGGGGUCGAGAGCAGUGGGACUGGAAAGGCUGUCACUGGCAGCUCGACGGGCGGGGCUGACACGAAGGAUGACGAUUCCCGGGUGUCAUGGGCGAGAGGUGAUGGUGAGCUGGAUUUGGCGGGAGCUGGCAGCGAGGCUCUAAAAGCCGGUGGCAGUCACAAUCACACCGACACUCACUCUUCAGCCGGGACCUCUCCCAGACCUAACUCCCGAGCCUCCCCCGGGCCUCACCCCCGAGCCUCCUUCCCGGACAUGCACGGCGCAAUGACGGACGAUGGCCCGUCCGCGUGCCCGUACCUAGGCGGAAAGGCUGGGGGAGGAGGGGCGGGGGGAGAUGCGGGGGAAGGAGGGCCGCGGGUGGCGGGGCUGGUUCGGACGCACUCUGGCGCGAGCAGUAACACGGACUCGCUUAUAACGGGGACGACUCAUAGCGUGGGAGUGGGAGCGGGAGCGGGAGGGGGAGGGGGGAGCGUUGUGAGCGCAGCUGACCUUCUGAAUCGGAGAAUGCUGUCGAUGAUCACUAAGGCGCACGAGCUAUACGCCAAGGAUACGACCCCCAAUGGCAGCAAGGUGGCCGAUUUUCUCCUCUCCCAGCUGCUGGAGCUCACCCAGUCGCCUGCUGGCUUCAUUUGCAGCGCCGUACGGAAGCCCGACGGCGCUGUUUCCCUCAAGACCCACUCUAUCACCAACUUUGCAUGGACCAGGGAGCUGCGCCUGUGGUACACGGAGAACGCCGCCAAGGGGCUCGUCUUCAGCAACCUCAACACGCUCUUCGGCCAUAUUGUGAAGACCAGCGAUGUGGUUCUCAGCAACAACGCUCCUGACGACCCUCGCUCUGCUGGCCUGCCCCCCGGCCAUCCCCCCAUCCACAACUUCCUAGGCGUCCCGCUAUUCCAUGGUUCGGAGCUGAUAGGGGCGUGGGCGGUGAGCAACAGGAAAGGAGGGUACGAAGAAUUGAUGCUGGGGGAGCUGCAGCAUGUGACUAAAACGGUGGCUCAGAUUGUGGCGGGCAUUCAGGGCAGGAAGAAAGCGGCUGAGAAGGAGAAGCGCAUGGUGUCCAUGCUUAAGAGCACCAUAGACGCCAUCAUUGCUCUGGACGACGGCGGCACCAUCACGGCAAUGAACCGGGCGGCGCGGACCCUGUUUGGAUUCACCGAAUCUGGCAGCGGCAGCAGCGGGGAUGACGUGGACGCGUCCACUCUCCCCGACACCCUCCACAUCACGGAUCUUUUGGAGUCUGUGGACGGAUCAGAAGACUUCAUAGAGACCGGCCUCGACACAUUCAUUGGAGACGACCGCCCGGUGUCAGCCGUCGGGCGGCAGAUCGUGGGCGGCAAGGUCUUUUUGGAGCUAUCUGUGGCGUCAGGCGCUACUGCUGACGUGGCAUACGUGCUGACAGCGCGGGAGCUUCAGGCAGGCGGUGGGAACAUGCAUGUGCCUGGCGCACCUGGUUCGGCUUACAGUGGGGGAGGGGGGAGUAUGAGUGGGGAGAUGGCAGAAAUGGGGGGCAUGGGAAGAAUGGGGGGCGUGGGGGGGAUGGGGGGCAUGGGAGGAAUGGGAGGAAUGGGGGGAAUGGGGGCCAUGGGCAUGGGUAGGGGUAUGCAUGGGGGUAUGAGUGGGGGCAUGGGUGGGGGUAUGGGCGGGGGCAUGGGUGGGGGUAUGGGGGCUUAUGAUUCGAUGGGGCAUGGUCGGGGCGGGAUGGGUGCGAUGAGGCCUGGGGCUGGUGGUGGUGCUGGUGGGGUGGGUGCUGGGGCAUCUGCUGGUUCGGAAUUCGGUGGUAUGGGCGGUGCUGGUGGUGGUGGCAUCAAGUUGGCAGGUCUUGAUAUCAAGCCGUAUCAGCAGAAGCAGCAGUCCGGUACUAGUAGUUACGAAAGUUAUGCGAAGGAUGAGUACAACACCACCACCGCGUUUUUGUUCACUUAUCUCGCGGGCCAUUAG